UUCUUCCUCCUUCCGUCGUGAAAACCUAAAAAAGGAAACGAAAAAUAAAAUCCGUCCCCAAAAUGUCCUUCCUUCUUUGCAAAAUAUCCCCGCCUCCUCUCAGUCUCCUCUCCCACCACAGAAGAUGUUCCCAAAAUGCCCUCCCCAAAUCACAGUUCUACCCCUGCUCCCCCUCACCGCUAACCAAGCUCGAGCUGCCGCCUCUUCGGGAUUCAGCGCAGGAUAAGCCUGCCCCGGUGCAGGACAAGCAGGGAUCGGCGCAGGAUAAGGAGAAGAGGAAGAAGGAUGAGUUCUAUCUUAAUGUUGGGAUCGCUGUUCGUACGCUGCGAGAGGACAUCCCUGCUCUCUUCCACAAAGAUCUCAACUACGAUAUUUACAGGGAAGACAUCACGUUCAUAGAUCCUCUCAACACCUUUCAAGGAAUUGACAAUUACCGGCUAAUCUUCUGGGCACUUCGUUUCCACGGACGUAUUCUUUUCAAAGAAAUCGGGAUCGAGGUCUUUAGGGUUUGGCAGCCUUCGGAAAACUCAAUCCUCAUCCGAUGGGAGCUUCAGGGGGUCCCACGCGUGCCAUGGGAAGCUCAGGGUCGCUUCCAAGGAACAUCAAGGUACAAGCUAGAUAGAAGCGGAAAGAUAUACGAGCAUAAGGUUGAUAAUCUAGCUUUCAGUUUCCCUAGGACUGUGAUGAGGCCGGCAACUAUUUUGGAUUUGGUUAGGGAUUGUCCCUCAACUCCCACUUUGACUUGUUCGGAAGACACACUAGGGGAUUCAGCUUCACACUCAUGGGCUGAGCUAUAUCAAGCGGUGAGAAAUACGCUGGAGCAGGAAAGGCAGACUUUUAUUGGGGUUGGACUUGAGGGCUUGGUCACUUGUUCAUGACUUGUUAUUUGAUAGGCUUGGAGUGUAUAUAAGAAGCUCGGAAGCACAAUGUUUUGGUGAGUUCCCUUGGUUCAGUGAUGUAUAGUAUCUGAUAUUUUGCAAAUAUAUGUGAUAUGCCAUAUAUAGAUUGGUGUAGCUCACUCUUUUAAUCCGUAGCAUUAUAGUGUUCAUAUGCCUUAUGAUUUUUUUUGGGAUUCAAUUUUCAUAGCUGUGAUAGGUUUUUGCUGGUCCCAGAAAUGGCAUUUGUUUUCUAAUAUGUUUGUUUGCAUCUAAAAGGUGUUAAUGAUUAUUUUUUUAGUGACAAAAAUUUGACGUUUAAAUUUC